AUGGCUGGUGGAAGGAAUGAUGUUGCGAUUGCUGAGGCUCUGGAGUCCCUGGCAAGAGUUACAGUGCAGGCUCUCCAAGCUUUGGCUGAAUCUCAAGCUACUGCACAAGCCUCUGCGCAAGCUGCUACUCAAACUGCACAGAUUGCUGCUCAAGCUGUUGCUCAAGCUACUAGCUACAGUGGUGGCCAAGGGAAUAUGCAAAUAAAUGAAUUCAUGGUGAUGGAUCGAUUCCACAAGGCUAACCCUCCAUCGUUUGAAGGUCACUAUAAUCCUGAUGGAGCUCAAAAGUGGUUACAAGAAGUUGAAAAGAUUUUCAGAGGAGUGGCAUGUCCCGAAGGUCAGAAAGUGCAUCUUGGUACCUUUAUGUUGACGGAAGAAGCUGAACAUUGGUGGGAUAAUGCACGCCAACGUUUAGAGAAUGCAGGGACUGCAAUUACUUGGGCUAUAUUCAAGAACAUGUUUCUAAUUAAGUAUUUCCCUGAAGAUAUCCGUAAUAGAAAGGAGAUGGAAUUUGUUAAAUUGGAACAGGGGAAUAUGUCAGUAGCGGAGUAUGCUGCUAAGUUCGAGGAAUUAUCCAGGUACUAUCCACUCUAUGUUGGAGAAGCAGGAGAAAAGUCUAAGUGCAUCAAGUUUGAAAUGGGACUUAGGCCAGAGAUCAAGAAACAGGUUGGAAUGCAAGAGAUCCGCGACUUUUCUACCCUAGUGAAUAAGAGUAGGAUUUAUGAUGAGGAUAGCCGUGCUGAAAAGGCACAUUAUCGAAACACUGGAAUCAUGAAGGACAAGAGUUUUUCAGCUGGAAAAGGAGCUAGUAGUGGUAACGGAAAAGGAAAUGGGAACAAUUAUAGUUAUGGGAGUGGUAGAGGAAACCCCAAUGGACGAGGAGUUAGUAGCGGAAAUAGUAACAACAUGAGUCAAGUCUCACGCAACAACAAUGGUAAUAAUGGUUACCUAGCUACUCCUAUCCGAUGUAGCAGGUGUGGAAAGCAGGGUCACAUGACAUAUGAAUGUAGAGAUGCUGGAAUUACUUGUUUUAAUUGUCAACAACAAGGCCACAUUAGCACCACAUGCCCUUACCCAAGGAAGACUCCACAGCCUGGAAACCAGAGUUCCCAAGCCAGCAGACCUAAAUCCAAUGGAAGAGUCUUUGCCCUUAGUGGUGCAGGAGCGUCUGAGAAAGACAACUUGAUCCAAGGUACGUGUCUCAUAAGUGAUACUCCUUUAUUUGUACUAUUUGAUUGUGGUGCCACUCAUUCUUUUGUUUCUCUUGAUUGUGUUAGACGUUUAGGACUACAUGUAUCUCGUUUACAGUAUGAGUUGAUUGUGAAUACCCCAACUAGUGAUUCUGUUGAUACCUCUAGUGUUUGUCUUGACAUUUCUAUCCAUGUUUGUGGAAGGGACUUCCGAGUUGACUUAGUGUGUUUACCUUUGCGUCUGGUUGAUGUGAUUCUUGGUAUGGAUUGGCUCUCUGCCAACCGUGUCCGCGUAGAUUUUUUUAGUAAAACCAUUGAAUUCAUGGAGUCAGAAGAGAGGGAUAAGCCUAGCAAUAUAUCCACCAACCAAGUGAAGGCACUCUUGAAAGAAGAUGCCCAGUUAUACAUGAUCCUUCCCUCAUUGGAAUUUGAAGAAAAAGUGGUAAUACGAGAUGUUCCUAUUGUGUGUGAAUUCCCUGAAGUAUUCCCUGAAGAUGUCACUAGUUUACCACCAGAGCGUGAAAUUGAGUUUAGCAUUGACCUUGUACCAGGUACUGGACCCAUAUCCAUGGCACCGUAUAGGAUGUCUCCCUUAGAAUUGUCUGAGCUUAAGAAACAAUUGGAAGAGCUUUUAGAUAAACAAUUUAUAAGGCCUAGUGUUUCACCAUGGGGUGCACCUGUGUUGUUGGUUAAGAAGAAGGAUGGCUCUAUGAGGUUAUGCGUAGAUUACCGUCGACUUAAUAAAGUGACAAUCAAGAAUAAGUAUCCGCUACCUAGGAUAGAUGACCUUAUGGAUCAAUUGAGAGGGUCAUGUGUGUUUAGUAAGAUCGAUCUGAGGUCGGGUUACCAUCAGAUCCGCGUGAAACCUUCUGAUACUCCUAAGACCGCCUUUAGGACCCGUUAUGGCCAUUACGAGUAUUUGGUUAUGCCUUUUGGUGUGACUAAUGCACCAGCAGUGUUUAUGAUUUACAUGAAUCGGAUCUUUCAUCCUUACCUCGACUCUUUUGUGGUUGUGUUUAUAGAUGAUAUCUUAGUGUACUCUAAGACUAAGGAAGAACAUGAGGAAGUAAGUUUCCUAGGACAUAUAAUUUCAAAAGGUGGAAUAGUUGUUGAUCCUACCAAAGUGGAGAGUGUCUUAGAAUGGAAAGCACCUAAAUCAGUGACUGAGAUUAGGAGUUUCCUAGGAUUGGCAGGUUAUUAUCGUAGGUUCAUAGAAGGAUUCUCCAGGUUGGCCUUACCUUUGACUAAGUUGACCCGCAAAGGGGAAUUGUUCAUGUGGGAUACUCAUUGUGAGAAUAGUUUCCAAGAGCUUAACAAACGAUUGACCUCUGCACCAAUCUUAGUAUUACCUGACCUGAGUGAACCUUUUGUAGUAUAUUGUGAUGCGUGUGGUUCCGGAUUAGGUGGAGUACUUAUGCAGGAUGGAAAGGUAGUAGCAUAUGCUUCUAGGCAACUGAAGAUUCAUGAGAGAAACUACCCUACCCAUGACCUAGAACUAGCAGCAGUUGUCUUU